AUGGCGGGGAAGAGGCGGAGGAGGCGGAUCCGGGGCCGGGGAGACCUCCUCCGGCCGGAUCCAUGGCCGCCGGGGUCGGGGCAGACGACGGUGCUCGAAGGCGGCGGCUCCAGCGGCAUGGCGGCGAAGGCGGGCGGCGGGGAGGCGCCGGCGACGAGGCGGCGGAUGGCGGGGCGGUUCCCGGCGCGGGGCGGCGAGGUCGCGGCCGGAGCGACGAGCGGCGGGACCGGGGCGGCGGGGUUGGAGGGCGCGGCCUCCGGCGAGGACUCGGGGUCGCCGGCGCGGCGAGGUGGCGGGGCGGCGACGGCGGGGCCGGCGACGGGCGGAGCGAUGGGCGGUGGAGAAAUGUUCAUCUCCUAUUCCUAA